UAAUAGUUCGGAAACACUUUCCGAAAAUACUAUGGGAAGAGGUUUUUCAAAGAAACAUUGAUGCCAGAAUUUAGGCACAAGUGAAACCAGUACUGAGGUUGUAUACAUCUACAUUGUCUGAUUGCUUAGAAUAAGAAAAACGGUGCAUUGGUACGAUUUAGUUCACCAGUCGAUAUUCUUUCGGGCAGAUUUCCAUCAUGGCGUCUAACGUUUACAGUAUCUUUUCCCUACACCAUGCAAGGGGCUCUAUAAUCGAGGGGAUAGGAGACGAAGUGCUUCUAGCGCUUGUUACAACACUUAUUCUUAUCGCGAUAGUAAGUUUGAUAUACAAUAGUCACUUUCGAAUGCUGAAUAUCCACCCGCUACAAGCGGAGCAAGUCCGGCUUGCGCGAGACUGGUUAGGUAUCGGGACCGGAGGGACAGAGCAAGACAAUAAUGAGAGGGACGAAAUACAGGCCCCCGAGCCACCAAGAGCUUUCUCUAAUGACAGGCAAUGCCCUGUAUGUAUAACAGACGCUAGAUUUCUCACAAUGACAAACUGUGGUCACGAAUUCUGCGCACCAUGUAUUAUUACAUACUGGAGGCAUGGCAGAUGGCUAGGAGCAGUACAGUGCCCUGUUUGUCGACAACAGGUCAACUUGCUUUUUGCUAAUUUUUCUUCUGAGGAGAGCUCUUCAGAUGAUUCCCACCAAUGGCGGGGGGAAAUCAAUGAGUACAAUAGAAGAUUCUCUGGCCUGCCAAGAUCGGUUAUGGAGCACCUUCGUGAUCUACCCACCCUCCUGCGGCAACUGUUCAGUGAGCUGUUCUCUGUAGGAGGCCUUGUGUGGGUCCUGCGUAUGCGUAUAAUCUUGUGCUUCUUUGCUGCAGCCCUGUAUUUCAUCUCUCCUCUUGAUAUCAUACCAGAAUCUGUGUUUGGUAUACUAGGAUUAUUGGACGAUGCCCUCAUUCUGCUGUUGUUGUUAGUAUAUGUCACAGAGGCCUAUAGGCAGUAUGUAGCUAACAUGGCUACAGGUAAUAGAUGACAGUGCUUAUUGAUGUCUGUAAUCGUUGAUGCCUGUGCUCAUUGAUGUCUGUGCUCGUUGAUGUCUGUACUCAUUGAUGUCUGUGCUCAUUUUAUUAGGAAUUGUGCUAUUAUGGUCAGUUAUCAAGAGUAUAGUGACAUAAAAGCCAAGUCAAUAACGUAUUUACCCGUAAAUUAAAGUUUCCAUGAAUAAAAGGGUUGAUUAUUUUGGUAAGGCCAAUGGUGAAGUAACUACUGCAUUGCAAUGUCCUUGUGCUUGUUGUUUAAAAGAAAAUUGUGUUCCCCAGUCCCAGUUGGACAUUGAGGAAUUAUGCAGUUACAGGGGUGGAAGUUUUUAAAUAUUGUAUACAAACCCCCUUUGGUCAUCAGACAACCAAACUUAAAAAAUGUCAUAAAAGUUUCAUUAGGUAUGAAGGGAAUUCAAGGAGAUAUCAUGUGAUGUGUAAUGCCAUCGCUUGUGUCACAAGUAGUGGUGUAGUAGAAAAAUUAUGGAACGAACCUAAGCAAAGUUUUGUCUUCAGCUCGGCUUCAGGCAGUGCCUAAAUCUAUUCAUUAUUUGUCACUCAAAACAGUGCUGUAGUGCUUAAAGGGGCCGGAACAAAUAUUGUUAUAAUUGUCGCUAAUAAUUCACUGUACUUUAUUGUAUGACAUGCUACUUUGUAUCAGAGAUACUAGGGGGUGUAUUUUGGCCUUUUAGAAAUAUUAUAUAUAUCUAUUAUAUAUUUUAAAAUAUUUUGCUUUGUGUAUCGUAACAUCAAACUUUGAGUCAUUUUUGAGUGAGCAAGGUACAUCCUCUACACAGUGGUAGGUCUCUAACAAUAGAAUUCAUAAUAAAAUAUACUAAAUGACAUUUAUUUUAAAA